AUGCCUCUCGAUACCUCUACGACGUAUCCUCUUACGAAGCUGCGCCUUGAUGGACGCCGCUGGAACGAGCUCCGUCUUCUUCAAGCCCAGAUUUCUACCAACCCCGCCAGUUCAGGGUCAUCCUUUUUGUCCAUGGGAAAUACAUCGAUAAUGUGCUCUGUUCAUGGUCCCGCGGAGGGAAAGAGGGGGGACGCGACAGGAGGUGCUGCAGGAUCGGCCGGAGCUGUGGUCGAGGUCGAUGUCAACGUUGCGGGGUUUGCAGGCGUUGAUCGCAGGAGGAGGGCUGGGGGCAGCGACAGGCAAUCUUCGCGAAUUGCUACGAUCCUGCGAUCGGCCUUCCAAUCCCACCUCCACACCCACCUCUAUCCACACAGUACGAUUAGCAUUCACGUGUCAGUCCUGUCGGCUGACGGGUCUCUCCUGGCCGCAGCGGUCAAUGCGUGCACCCUGGCCCUUGUCGACGCCGGUAUUCCCAUGCCGGGCCUGCUUUCUGCCUGUACCUCUGGCAUGAGCGGCAGCGCCUCUACGCCACGUGAUCCUCGGAAUGACUUCCUGGAUCCCCUUCUAGAUCUGUCACUGCCUGAAGAACAAGAGCUUCCUUUCCUGACGGUUGGGACCACAACAGCUAUUCCUGUUGGAGAGGACGCUAUGGACGAGGACGACGAAGAUAUGAAGGUCUCCAUGAUGGUGAUGGACUCGAAAGUCCAUUGCACUUAUCUCGAGACAAUGCUUGCCGUCGGAAUUGACGGAUGCAAGCAAAUCCGGGAGAUCUUGGAGGGGGUCAUCAAAGGGACGAACCGGGGAGUAUGA